CCGUAUCAUAUAUACCACAUUUUUUCUCUUAUUUUUCUGCGCACAGCCUUAUUCCCGAUCAACCGAGAUAUACUCAACAUAACAGCCACCAUGAGUUACUACUCUGAGGAGGAAGAGGUCGACCGCGUGCGUAUCAGCAGAGAUCGAUCUCCUGCACCUGUGCACUAUGUCGAGGCCAGACGGGAACGGCCUCGCAGCCGCGCCUAUUAUCAGCAAGGCGUGGAUGCCAUGCUGAAUGCCCACGACCGACAGGACCGGACCUUGGUCACCACUACCACUCGGUUCCGUGAGAGAUCUCGGGAGCGCCGCAGCCCGCCCAGUGUCGUACUGGCCCCGCCGCCGCCGCCAGUCGCCGGUCCUGUGGUCAUCAACCAGAGGUUCGACCACCACCACUCGUCGGACGACGACAGCAGUAUCACCAGCCGCCGUGGCCGCUCACGGCACGAGUCACGCGUGUCCUACCAUGAGCACUCACACUCUCGCUCUCGCGCUGGGUCGGAUGCCUACCUGACCAUGGAGAGAUACGAGAUGGAGCGCAAGCUGGACGAGACGCGGCGGCAGCUCGAGCUGCUGCGCAUGUCCGCACCGCACAGCGACCGGGAGAGGUUCGAGCUGGAGCGCGAGCGCGAGCGCCUGCGACGUGAGCGCCUGGAACUCGAGGCCGAGGCCGAGACGCGUGAGCGCGACGCCAGAAGGGCUGCUGAGGCAGAGAUCCGCGAUCUCAGGAAGGACAAGGCGGAGCUGGACCGCCUGCGCCACGAGGAGGUCGAAGAAGACCGUCUGGCACUCAUCAGGAGGGACAUGGAGUACCGUGAGCUGCGGGAGCGACAAAUGCGUGACCAGCACGAGAGAGAAGCCGAGGAGCGCCGCCUUCACGACCGCGAGGACUUUGAGCUACGUGAGGCCAAGAGGAGGCUGCAGGCCAUCGAACAGCGUGACAGGAUGGAGAAGGAGGCUCUGGAGAGGGCUAGAGAGGCCAAGACGCACGCCGAGCUGAAGGCCGCCAAGGAUGAGCUGGAUAAGAUCAAGCGAGCCAAAGACGAAGCCGCCGAGCGCGAGCGCAUCAUCAAGGAACACGCGCUCGCCGAGCUGGAGAAGAAGAAGGCUGCUGAGGCUGCCGCCGCAGCGCGCAAGAAGGCCGACGAGGAGGCGGUGGAGCGGUGGAAGAUCGAGCAGGCCGAGAAGGCAGCCAAGCAGAAGAAGGAGAAGGAAGAGGCCGAGAGGGAGAUCCGCCACCAGAUGCGCGACCGUCUUCUCGCCUCAGGCGUGCCCGAGAACCAGAUCGAGGCCAUCCUCGACGGCAAGCGAGUUGCGCCGCGCCCAAUGGGGCAUAUCGGCCAGGGACACAUGUCCAUGAUGCCACCGCCACCGCCACCUGUACACCCCGGAAUGGAGAUCACAACGACCAAGACGACGUAUACCCGGAUGGCGAGAAAGCACCUCAGUCUCGAGGCCUUGAGGGCGAGGGCUAUCGAGUAUGAGAUCGACUCGAACCCCGAUUAUAUAGUCAUCAAGCGCUGGGUCCCGCCCGAGGAGCAGAAGGAGCUUUGGUCGCUGACCAGGGUGAUCCGCGACGACCGCGAAAAGGUCACGACGACCAUCUCUGUCGAGGACCGCAGUCGCCACCGCCACCGCGACAAGUCGCGCGACAAUUUGGUGCUGGUCCGCAAGACGAAGCGGGAGCGGAGCAGGUCGCCCAGCAUGCUGAUGUACCUCGCCGGUGCGAGGUGAUAACAAAGAGAAGGGGAAACAGAGCAAGAACAACGACAAUGGCAAUAACAAAUAACACCCCAAUAGCAACCUUUUCUUCUUCUUUUCCACCGAGCGACCUGGCCUGUGUGGUUCGGAACAGGGAAGGCAACUACACGGGAUGCGGUCCUUCUCGUUCCCCCCCC